UUUCUUUUCCGCUCAAAACACCACUCUCCAUAUUUUGCUUGCAGGCAAACAGGGCAGUAACAGUGCCUCUCCUCUCUUUCACCCCACAUUAGAUCACAACCGUCCAAUCCCCUCACCCCGGAGAUCAAUGGCUACUGCUGUCUCAACCAUUGGAGCUGUCAACAGGGCACCGCUGAGCCUAAAUGGCUCUAGCAGCAGCGCUUCAGUUCCAAGCUCAACCUUCUUGGGCAGCAGCUUGAAGAAAGUGAACUCAAGAUUCACCAACUCCAAGGUUUCAUCUGGGAGCUUCAGGAUUGUAGCAGAGGUGGACGAAGAUAAGCAGACCGACAAGGACAAAUGGAGAGGCCUUGCCUUUGACACCUCAGAUGACCAACAAGACAUCACAAGAGGAAAGGGCAUGGUCGACUCUCUCUUCCAAGCACCCCAAGAUGCUGGAACUCACUUCGCCGUCAUGAGUUCUUAUGAAUACAUCAGUACCGGGCUUCGCCAGUACAACUUGGACAACAACAUGGAUGGGUUUUACAUUGCUCCUGCUUUUAUGGACAAGCUUGUUGUCCACAUCACCAAGAACUUCAUGACCCUGCCUAACAUCAAAGUUCCUCUCAUCCUUGGUAUCUGGGGAGGCAAAGGUCAGGGUAAAUCUUUCCAGUGCGAGCUUGUCUUUGCCAAGAUGGGAAUCAGCCCCAUCAUGAUGAGUGCCGGAGAAUUGGAAAGUGGAAACGCAGGAGAACCCGCGAAGCUGAUCAGGCAAAGGUACCGUGAAGCAGCUGACAUAAUCAGGAAGGGUAAAAUGUGCGCACUCUUCAUCAACGAUCUUGAUGCAGGAGCUGGUCGGCUUGGUGGAACCACACAGUACACUGUGAACAACCAAAUGGUGAAUGCCACCCUCAUGAACAUUGCUGACAACCCAACAAAUGUCCAGCUCCCCGGUAUGUACAACAAGGAGGAGAACCCCCGUGUCCCCAUCAUUGUCACCGGUAAUGAUUUCUCAACAUUGUAUGCUCCUCUCAUCCGUGACGGGCGUAUGGAGAAGUUCUACUGGGCGCCUACCCGCGAAGAUCGUAUUGGUGUCUGCAUUGGUAUCUUCAGGAGUGACAAUGUUGCUAAGGAAGACAUUGUCAAGCUUGUUGACACCUUCCCUGGCCAAUCCAUUGAUUUCUUUGGUGCACUGAGGGCCCGAGUCUAUGACGAUGAAGUGAGGAAGUGGAUUACAGGGGUUGGGGUUGACGGCGUUGGGAAGAGGCUUGUGAACUCAAAGGAAGGGCCCCCGACUUUCGAGCAGCCUAAGAUGACAAUCGAGAAGCUGCUUGAGUAUGGAAACAUGCUCGUCCAAGAGCAAGAGAAUGUGAAGAGAGUCCAAUUGGCUGAUAAGUAUUUGAGCGAGGCUGCUCUUGGUGAUGCCAACUCAGAUGCUAUUGAUAGUGGAAAUUUCUACGGUUAGAUCCCUUGAUCUUAUAAGAGGCCUGUGGGGAGGCAAAGCAGCCCAACAAGUUAACCUUCCAGUUCCUGAAGGUUGUACUGAUCGAACUGCAGAAAACUUUGACCCAACUGCUAGGAGUGACGAUGGCAGCUGCCUGUACACAUUUUAAGUUCUUGCUUCUUAAUUUAGGGUAUUGGGGGAGGAAGGAGGGAAGCACCUUUUUUUUUUUUUUUUUUUUAAGGAUGUUGUGAAACAAUAACUAUGUUGCUGUCUUCCUUUUGUUGGAUUGGUGUCAUGUAAUUUUGUGUUAUAAUGUACACUAUUCAAUGUCAUCAGUAGGUGCUUUUGUUCUUCCCCAUCA